AUGGACUACCGCCAAAGUAACGGUGAUCAUACUCUUUUCUUUAAACAUUUUAGAAAUGAAAUUUCUAUUUUAUUAGUUUACGUUGAUGACAUGAUACUUACUGGAGAUGAUCUGUUAAAAAUAGAAAUGUUAAAUGAUAAAUUAUCUGCAUGCUUCAAAAUUAAAAGACUAGAAAAUUUAAAAUACUUUCUUGGUAUAGAAAUUGCAGAUUCUAGAUGUGGUAUUUUCUUAUCUCAGUUGAAAUACAUUUUAAAUUUACUUAAACAAACUGAAACUAGUGGCAAUAAAUUGGCAACCACUCCCAUUGACCCUGAUGGGAAAUUGGUUCAAGGUGAAGACAGUCCACCAGUUGAUAGAGGAAGAUAUCAGAGGCUGAUUGGUAAACUGAUUUAUUUAUCUCACACUCGACCAAAUAUUACCUACACAAUAAGAUUGAGUCAAUUUAUACAUGAUCCUAGAGAAGUACAUAAUGCAGCAGCAAGACGAGUACUUCUUUAUUUAAAGGGUACACCAAGUUACAACCUAUUAUUUCGACCACAUGGACAUACUAAUGUGGAAAUAUUCAUUGAUGUUGACUAUGCAGGUUCUAUUGUAGACAAACGAUCUACUUCAAGGUAUUGUUCAUUCUUAGGAGGAAACUUAAUCACGUGGCACAACAAGAAGCAGCUAGUGGUUUCAAGAUCUAGUGCAUAG